CCUUAGUGCCCCGGACCAUGCUGGGGACGUGUGUGUCAAUCUGUUGACCCGUUUUAUCCACGUGUCUUGUGUGCGGGCACCCUUAAAAUAAUGUGCACAAAAAGGCACACGCAACUGCUGCUGCGGCCUAAAGGAAGGCCAAAUUCGUCCAAACACACACACACACACACACCGCACCACCUACCGAACCCGGUAGUGGUUUGAUAGGAAAAUAGCGUCAGGUACCAGCGUUCGGACCAGCAGUCCAACGCGGCUGAUGCGUGCCGUAUCACUAGUCGGCGGGAAUUUUGCUGCCCAUCCAGCGACAAUCGCAUUGCUCAAGCUGGCCAGAAGUAUAAAACUACCCUGGCACCGUACCGGUCAGUACAGUAGGUCGAGCUGCUUCAUUCCAGGAUAAUUCGGUGCGCGCACGUCUCCCGUCUUCGAGCAGCAGACACACACACAUACACGCGGGAAAAUGGGCAAAUCGUUUGUGAGCGUCGCGUUGGCCGCCAGUGUUUUGGUGGCCUGUGUCGGUGCUUUCCACAUGCCGCCACUACAUCCGCACAAGUGCGGCCACAAGGUGCACCCGGUUUCGGUGGUGCAGCAUCAUCCGGUCGUACCGCUGGUGCAUCAUCCCGUCGUGCAGCAUCAUCCCGAGCCCGUGGCCGUACCGGUGGAGGUGGUAAAACACACCAGCGCCAGCUUCCGGCCCGCCUCCUUCCUCGAGCUGCUCGAGAUCGUGCUCGAUUGUUUCAACACGCUGCGCAUACCGCUGCAACGGUUCCCCUCGUACAUGUCCGGCAUCUUCCCGGACGACCCGGAAACCAAGUGCUUCUUGCGCUGCGUUGCCAUCAAGCUCGGCGUCUACUGCGAUGAGGCGGGUGCCGAUCUCGACCGUCACUGUGUGCAGUUCGGGCUGGGCGAGUGUUGCGAGAACUUUGCCAACCGGCAUCUGGUCUGCCUGCAGCAGAACUCUAUCCCCUGCCCGGAUCGGUGCACGGCUGCCUACAAGCAGGAGCUGUGCUUCCAGGAACCGAUCGCCAAGUAUCUGGACUACCACUUCCACGAGCUGGUGGGACUGUUGCAUCAGGCCAAGUGCAGCCACGAUCUGAAAAUGCUGCACCCUUAAAACCAUCCUUCCAAUGGAAAGCGCGUCGUCUCGCGAUCGCUCUGCUUCCUUCCCGAGGUUGCUCCCGGAACAAAAAACAAAGCUAAUAAAAAUCAAUAGCACAAAAUAUCGCUCAUUAUUCGCUGCCUUCCUAACUCCGUGCACAACCAACCGUAUGUUCAUUUGUACGGUAGGAACAUUCUGCUCGCUCGCUCGCUUUGCCGUGCCAGUCUAGAACGAGUGAAGCACUGGCGUACAGCAAAGUGUACGUGAACAGAAAAAAGACAUCCCCGAUAUGGCUUCACCAUGCUAUUUUCGAACCAUUUAAAUAGUGCGGAAAAUAAGGCAUGUUUUUAUUUCACAACUGAUGACACAACAAAACAUAAACAAAACCUACACAUUUGACGUUCAAUGUGCAAUCGCAGUAGGUUGCGUGUGGUUGGCAAUAAAAACACAACCUUCAAGCAGACA